UCAUCCCUCUUAGUCCACGAAUCACCCUCAGGUGACACAGAUCUUCCUUUUAGAAAAAAGGGGGGCGAAAAAAAACAGAAGCAGGUUUCCCUACUCAAAAAUGGCGAAAGUGUAUCACUAGAUCAAAGUGACACGUGAUCACCUAUAUUAUAGAUAUAUAGAAAUGUCAAUCAUAAAUAUUUUUACUAUGGCAUUAUUGACAAUCUGUGAUUGUUUCCUAGUGCAAAUAAUAAAUUUUAUCAGUGUUGGCGCGAAUCCACGUCUUUUUAACUUUUCUCCCCCUCGACUUUUAACAAUAUCCAAACAUCUCAUUAUGCACUGAUUUUACCCAUAUUUUAAUAAAAAAACUUAAAAUGGAGCAACGAAAAUCUUUGGAUGCAAAUGCUAUUGAACAACCUCUGCCUAUUCCAAUUCAAUUGUAUCUUUGGUCCCAACUUCGGCCUUUCACUCGUUCAAAACUCGGCAAGCUACACGAGGCUUCAUGUGUGUUCUGUCAACACGCGCCCGGUCAUCAUGAAAUGAAAGAAGCUUGCACGUCUAUGGAGAAGGUGUUGGUCCAAAAUCUGCACAAUGAACUCACACCAUCUUUAAGAAAAAUGUUGGCCAGCAUCCCGAGGUGGCGUUUGAUUCAAGCAGCUCUUCCUGUUGUUCUUCAUGCCACUUCAAACGUUUUAAAUUGCAAGAAAGAUCUGCAAAAUUUAGGCGCAAUGGAAACAACUUUGUUAUAUAUUUUACAUUGGAUUUUGUUGGAUUCAGCUGAGGAAUGUGCAGACUCCGAUGGUGACAUCAAUAAUCCAUUUUAUUAUCUCUUUUCAAUACCUACUAUGACGGUUUUUGUUUAUCUUUUUGCACCAAUGUGCAAUCAUUUAAAGGACAUUGAUUUCAAAUCAAAUCUUCGUUUAGAAAAUGGUUUGAAAAUAUGGAAUGCCAUGUGUGAAUUUCGUCAUCCUGAGGCUUCAUGUUUUACGGCUCAUGUUCGUCCAAAACCAAGAGCACUUUGGAGCAAAUCAACAAGAACCACGAAAAAGCAACAAGUCCAAGAUGAUGUUUUUUUUGGAAACACAGACAGUCCGCCGAGUCAAACAGCGAGUAUAUCAGACUCGAGUUUGGUGCCGUCAACGAAACUUCAAGACGAUGAAGGCUCCUGGGUUUCAUCACCGAAAGAUACAGUAUUUCCGGAAACUAUUCCGGAAGAAAGUUCGAGUACAGAGGACGAACAUGUUGUCAUAUUUAGGCUUCCAUCAUUGAGUGAAUCUGAUAGAAUAAUUGACGGGGUAAAAGAAGUUUCAACAAUAAUUGCAGGUGAUGCGAGUAUUUUUCACGUUGCAAUGGGUGGAAGGACCAGUUCAAGAUCGACUGUUACAAUAGAGCAAGUCACUGCCAUUUCCGGUUUGGAUACUUGUCAACACAUCGAUGGAAAAUCGAAAAAAGAAAGCGAGUUCGAUAAAGAGAAAGACGAAAGGAGCUAUGGUUAUGAUGAAAUGAGAGAAAAAACCCCAUUAAAUCAACGAUUUUCAAGCGAUGGAUCUGGAUCUAAAGGAUCAAAUGUUGAUGUUGAUGUGCGUGCAGCAACUUUUCUCGAUGUUUCUGUUUUAAGGUGCCUUCUUGUAGCCCAAUGGCAAGAGGAGGGCAUUUUUUGGGCUCUUCAAUAUUUACUCAAUAGGUUGAAAAGGAUCAAUGAACAAAGUUCAGUGCAACAAAUGCCACGACGUCGUAGUAAUUCUCUUCCAAUUCCAAAAAUUGAGGUUUCGAUUUAUCAAAGUCCUGAAAUUAAAAAGAAGGACGACGGAAAGGAAAUUAUUGAAAUUCCCGAUACACGAGAUACGUCUGUUCUUGCCGAAAGCAGUCAUACGAGAAGAGCCAGUGAAAAAUCGAAAAAACGAAUGAAAAUUGCCGAUUUAAAAGCCUUUGUGGAAACGAAACUUCUUUCAAAAUCAGAAAAGGCCUUAGAAAAAAUUGGCCAAGAAGAAUCGAAACCUCUUCAAGAACAAGAAUGUCACAGAAGUUUAGACACGGGAGAUGAUCAUUUGACCAGACAAGGUUCAACGUAUUCGAAAAUUUUCGAUGCCAAAGAUGUCGAUCACAUUCAUUUUCCCACGAAUUUAAUUAAGGGGAAAAGCAUGCCAAGUUUGAGCUGCUUGAUUAACGAGCUGACCGCGGGAGGAUACAUUGGUGAUACGAAGGUAGAAAGAAAACAGAGUAACGUCUAUAGUCCAAUUUAUUCUGCCCAAAAUCCUAUAAUCACUGUCACGGAACAUACACCAACGCCAUCGCCAGAUUUUACAAAAACACACGGUUCAAUUGACAGUCAAUUAGAUGCAAUUGGAAUUCAUGGAUCUCGAUUAGAUUGCGAUAGAAAACCAAGUCUCACAAGAUCACAAACCGAUUCAAAUAUUACCUAUACAGGCGAUGAAAUACCCGAAGCUCCAGGUUCUGCAAAAUUUAUCACCAAAGAAGGAGAUUUAGAUUUUCGAGUCGUUCUACGAGCGGUUCAUAAUGUUGCUCUUCGAGAAACAACAUUUUGUACACUUCGAGUAUGUGAAUUAAUUCUCAAUUUGGUUGUUGCUCUUAUCGAAGUCGGUGUACUAAAACAGUGCCUUCGCGAAGAAUCCAUGGAUUAUUUCAAUGGUGACAAAUUCGACACGGAGAGCAAGAAACAGGAUUCAAUAAUAAAUGAACCUGGUCCAGGACAUCCGGAAGAGACACAAAAUAUACGUAAAGGCUCUGAUCAUAAUAUUCUAAUGAAUUGCGUGAUAAGGGUAAUAAAACAUCUUGGAUGUCCUCAUGGAUGUUCGGAUGGUAUUCGUGGACCACAAGCCGAUCUCUGUCGCUCACAAGCACAAUCAAUUCUUACUCGUCUUCAUAAAGCUAGUCCCAAACAAUUUGCAAAAUUAUUACGUGUUUUAAUUCGCGAGCUACCAAUUAAUGAACUUUUGGAUCUUUUUCAUUCUUAUGUUGGAUUCUGUUUGGAGCCGAGUUCACUUCUUUCUCCUCUCAAUCAAAAGAGAGGAUCAAGUAAAUCGCCGGACUCAGUGCCUCAAGGGAGUUAUGCGACGAAUUUUGGUGCAGGAUGUGGAGCAUCGGGUCCAGGAAGUUCUCCGUCAGGAAAUGCGGCAUCAACGACACCGGGAACAUCGACAAAUGCGGCUUCUUCGACGUGGACAACUGCUGCUGCUGCAGGUGGUGGUGGUGGUGGUGGCACAACACCAUAUAGUAGUCUCGGUGCACCAGCACAUGGUUUUCGUAGCAUUGAAGGACAAAUAAUGGCCUAUAUGUUUAAACCGUUUGUCACACUUUGUGUGCAAAAUAUUAAAAAACUUAAAUCACAGGAUAAUAUUGCUCUCUAUUGUGAUGUACGACAAUUUAUGACGUACGUGAAGGAGGCGCAUGGGGGAAUAUUUCGCCGUGUUGUUCUUAGUGGAAUUUUAGACUCAUCAGAUUUGCCUAAUAAACGUUGUAAUAGUUACAUUCAAACCACUCGAGUUAUCAGACACAUGCACCCGGCAGAUUUGGAGGAAAAUGCAGAAGGAGGAGAGGCCUAUGGAGCGGAUGAUAGGGGCACGCGCAAGUUUCUUUUUAAAAAGAGAAGCGCUUCUUCGACUUGCGCGGUAAAUAUGACUCGCAAUUACAAGGGAGAGUUGCUGAGUUUAGUGGAGACAGACGGAAGCGAUGAGAAUCCAAAAACAAGUCAAAGUCCUUUAGGAAAUGUAAGGAAAAAACAUCACGUUCUCACUCCUCGACAGAGUGAAAGAAAUUUGGAACUGGGCGAACCUUUUUCAAGACCGAAAUCAAGAAAAACGACUCGUCAAAAAAUUGGUGGCAUAGUAAAUUGGUUCCGGAAGGAAUAUGGACGAACUGAAUCAACUGAUAGUCAUGACAGUAGCGAAUCUCCAACUGAAAGUAGUUUUGUAAAACAACCGAGUUUAAGACGUCGUGGAAGACAACGGGGAACAUCCAGAACUACCCGAGGCGUAAGCCAUACUUUACAGAAAGCGAAACGUCGAAUGGAAAAUCAGUUGAGUAAAAUUGGUUUAGUUAAGGGGAAGAAAAAAGAAAGUAUGGAAGAAACACCAGGGAGUUAUUUCAGUCGGAAAAAUUCUUUGGAAACUGGUGAAGCGUCAAGAGAUUCAGAAUAUGUAAUUUUAAAAGAACGACGUUUAGUUCCACGAGGAUCAGUUUUUGAUGGAAUGUUGAGAUUUUCUUUCUUAUUGGAUACGUGUCAGCCUGGCUCUGUUCCUGAUCAUCAUUUAAUGGCUGCUCUUCUCGAUUUGCCUUACGCGCCAAUAGUCGCUAGAGCGACAAUGUUUUUGGAGUGCGCACAUUUUGUUCAUCAAUGUAAUAAAGGACAUUGGCCAGCGUGGAUGAAAUUGAAUUUUCCAUUAUUUCGUCCUUCAAUGCCUUUGAAUAAUCGUUCAACAUCAACUGGUCUCAGACGAACGCAUCUUUUACAAAGAUCAGCUGGAAAAUUAUUUUAUCAAUGGGCUGAAGCAAUUGGAGCACGUUUAGAUGAAUUUCUCGUGGAGGACAAAAAAGUAAUGGAGAAUGCGUCAGCUGUUGUUUUAGAUGAAUCGAAACAUCGUGAUUUAAUAAUUGAAGAUGAAGAAGAAAAUUUUCUCGAUGACGCAAGUGUAAAUACUUAUGGCUCGUCCUGUCCGGUGUCAUUGAGAAUGGUUGCCUGUAUGUUAUUACUUGAAAUCACAGCUUUUCUUCGUGAAACUUAUCAAACUUUGCCAAAAUCAAAUAGAAUGUCAACAAAGGAAAGACCACCACCUUGGGAAAAAAUGUAUAGUCGUGAAGCUAAUCGUCGAUGGAGUAUGGCUUUAUCUUCAAUGGGUCAUUCUCAGACUUCGGCACAAAGUCUUCAAUCCAUCGCUGGAGAUCGAGAAACUGAAAGAAAAAUCAGUUUCGUUUUACAUGAGCCUGAUAAUGAAUCGGAAGGUAGCAGUAAAUCAAAUGUGACAAUUCAAGGUGAAGAGAUACAAAAUAAUGAGAAAGAGAAAAAUAAACGUAUGCAAGCACCGCAAGGAAGACCAUUUCUUCUACGUCGUGGGACAACUGGUAAUGCAAAUACAGGAUCAUUUAAAAGAAGAAGUCUCAAAUUGAGAAGAAAUACCAAAGAGGGCAAAGAUAUAGAAUGUGAGGCGUAUGUAGUGAAAAGAGCCGAUUCAAUUCAAUCGAAGAGAAAAGUAAGUUCACUAUCAGAUCGUAGUGAUACUUCAGAACCGGGACUUGGUGGUGAAGUAAGUGGUGAGGAAUCACCGGGUAUUUUAAGUGACGAUCAACCACCCGAGAGUCCAAGUGACAGUAACGAUACCGAUGAGACAAAUAAAAAUUUUCCCUGGAUGAGAGUUAUGGUACAAACAAUGAAUGUCAUGAAUUUUUAUUGUUCACAUCAAUAUUUUUGUCAUCCAUUUUGUCAUCGACGACAAAUGAGAGCGUGCAGUCGUUUAAUUCAAUCGGUGAGAAAAAUUUAUGGUGAAAAAUUUGGUAUUCUCAAUGGUAAUGAUAUGUUUGACACUGAAAUGGAGAAAAAAGAAAAUGGAAAAAAAGAAAAAAGAAGUCGUAAAAUUUCUGAUCAAACGAGCGGUCAAAUUUCACCCAAGAGAAAAGAUAGUCUUGGUCGAAAGUAUAAAAUUGAUAAGAAUCCAGAAGGAUCGCAGUCGGGACGUUUGACAGGUGGAACGCGUGACUCGUCGAAAGAUUUGGCUGAUCAGGAUUCGGAGCGCGGUGCUGAAACUUCGAAAAUUAUUGGUCCCGAUGAGGAGGAGGAUAGUGAUAUGGAUAAGGAACCGUCGGCAAUUUUAAAAUAUGUUCAAACACAAGUGAAGAAUGCUUUUCAUGCACCAUUAGCAACUCUUGUUAAAGGCGCUGUUGUUAUGUCUGACGAUUUAUUUGUCGAUGUACUACCAGUUGCAUGGGAACUUUUAUUAGAAUCAAAUCAGGAAGUUUGUGCCUCGGCAGCAUCGGUUUUUAUUGUUGCCGCCGUUCGUGCUCCAAAUCAAGCGAGUGAAUUAAUGCAUCAGGGACUACAACAUAAUAAUACAUCGAUUCGAAUUAAUUCUAUUUUGAGAUUUCAAGUUUUGUGGAAACUUCGCUAUCAAGUUUGGCCCCGUAUGGAGGAAGCUGCUCACGUUACGUUUAAAGUGCCUCCACCUGGUAUUGAAUUUACUCUUCCGUCACCGAAAAUUGGCAUUGAAUCAUUGCCCGUUGUUGAUCCGCCCUGGAUGCCGCAAGUGAAGACAAAAGUCGAGGAAGUUACCAUCAGUCAGGAACGUCACAGAUCAUUCGUAACAGCUACGAAAACGAGGAAAAAGCAACAAACUGAAUUAAUAAAAAGAGCAUUGCAAGCGCAAGAUGACAAGAAACGUGAGGAGAGGGAAAAUUUUCUUCUCACAACAAUUCCGAUUACAAUUCAAGCUGCUCAUGAACCCAGUCCAGUUGGUGAUGAUCACGACGAAGGAAAUGUUGAUGAGGAUGGCGGUGAUUUAGUUCCGAGAAAUUUAUCUCAUCAUGGACAAUCAGCUCUUUCUUUGUUUCCAUCUUCAUUGUGUUCGGCUAUUGUGCAAAUUAUCACACUUUUGGAUGAUGCUGCAGUUUCAACUGAUGGAAAUGCUGUUUAUGAAGUUGCUUACCAUGUAAUUUGGAAUUGUCUAGUGGAAGACAGUGCGCUUUUUCUUCGUUACAUUCUCGAAAGAUUGACAAGAGAGAAACAGGAACAAAUGUUCAAAUUAUUGAGACAUCUUAUUAGAUUUAUUCCAAAACUUCCUCAACAGGCGGCGUUUGCCCUUUAUAAUUACAUAAUUGGUUAUAUAAUGUUUUACGUUCGUUCUCCGCAUGAAGAAGGACAAAAAUUAAUUGGCACUGCACUUUCAAUUUUGUGGAUGGUGGUACACAGUGUUCAUGGAAUAAUGUUUAAAGAUUUAAAACAAAUUCUCAGAAAAGAACAAUGUGAUGCAUCAAUUCUUUUGACAGCAAAUGUUCCGUCAGCGAAAAAAAUUAUUGUUCAUGGUCCUCAAGAUCCUGAUGCUGGAGGAAUUCCUUCUCAAUUUCCUGUUCAGGAGGAUACACAAUUUUGUCAAAUACUUCGAGAAUCUUUAGAUUUCUUUGGAAUUGAAGAGAUCAAGCAUAAGGAAUAUUUUCUCAUUGAUUAUAAAACACAUCAAAUUCACAAUCCUUCAUCUUACGUUCGGGACUAUUAUUUCUUCAAAAGAUCACAAUAUCCACAAUUGGAAUUGGUACACAUGAAACCGGAGGAUGCUUUUAAUGCCCUACAGCGUCAAGAAUUGUUGCAUAAAUUUGUGGAAGUAGGAAAAGUGAUGCUUACUUGGGCAAUAUUGAAAAAUGUCGAUAUGGUUGUUCAGAGAGUUGUUUUUUUACACGAAGAACUCAUGAAAUUACCAUCUUUCCCGAGAAAAGCUUUGGAAGCUGAUCUUGAUCUUUACAAAGGUGGAGAAAUGGGAAGAGAACUUCUUGGUUUGGAUGUAAUGCACAAAUUUAUGUGGGUGAGAUUAAUUGCGCGAAUGUUUGAGGCAAUGGCGGGAAAUUUUGCCUAUUCGGGGGAUAUUCAUUUAUUUUUAAAUGUACUAAAUGGUGCGGUUAUUCUUCAUAGUCAAGAUUCGUGUAUUUUGCGAUAUGUCGUUGCGACUUACAUUAAUGCAGCAACAAAUUUUAAAAAUAUUUUCUCCAUCAAUGGAUAUUUAUUGAUUAUGCCAACACUUUUGCAACUUUAUUCCACUCAUCAAACGAAUAAACUUGUGACGACAACGGUUGAAUAUGCUGUGAAGCAAUUUUAUCUUUUGAAUAGAAAACCCUUUAUUCUUCAAAUGUUUGGAAGUGUAUCGACAAUUCUCGAUACUGAUGUCACAAGCGCUGUUGGCGAUGCUCAUAAAGUUCCGUCGACUUGCCUUUUUAAUUUACUUCUCAGUUUGGAAGAUCCUUCGCCGGAUCCUUUGAAUAUAGGAGAAUUAGUGAGAGAAGAAAAACCACUGAAGGCAAUUGAUUUUUGUUAUCAUGAUGAAGAUGAAAAUGUCACAGUUCUCGAUUGUAUUUCUCUUUGCGUGAUGGUAAUCGCAUAUUCAGCUGAUUCGAUAAGAGGACAACAAAUGCUGACAAUCCUAGAAGCUAUUCUACCUUGCUAUGUGCAAAAAAUUCAGCAACCAACCUACAAUAGAGAGGGACGAACUGAAAAGGAAGUUAUCAAUCAAUUGUCCAUUUGUGUGAGGACUCUAGUCAACAAUUCCGAAACACUGACAAAAUAUUAUAAUAGGCCUCAAAAAUUGAGCCCAGAGCAUAAAGGAUCAAGUCAACGGAAUUAUGGUAAAGGUCCAUAUUCACCGGGUUUUGAUUUUGAGGAUGAAGCUCAUGUGAAAUACAUGGAACACAAUAAAAAUCGAAGUCUCUAUGAGCGCGACAUUGACGACACUGAUAGCUGUCAUAAAAAUGAAUUUCGAAGACCAAGGGACACUUUAUUGAAUAUGGUCGGUGAUUUUGCCGCUCGUUGCUCUGUUCGACUUGUUGAUCUCAAUAAAAAAUCCCAAGAUGUAAAAACUAUUGAGAUUCUUGACUCGAAAUGUCACGUGCGAUUAGCUGACAUUGCGCAUAGUCUUUUAAAAAUUUCGCCCUACGAUCCAGAAACAAUGGCUUGUAAAGGAUUGAAAAGAUACAUGAAUGAUCUUUUGCCAUCGACAGAAUGGUCGAGUGACGAUUUAAGACCUGCUUUAACACUAAUUCUACGGCGUUUGGAUAAAACUUUUAGUAAAAUUUAUAAAAAAGCAUCGAUAAGAAGAAAUACUGAUUGGGAUGCUGCGAGUGAUUUAUUAAAAGGCGUCUAUGAAACUUUAUUGAAAUGUCCCUAUAUCGCUCAUUUUCAAUAUUUGAAAACUCUCCUGUCUACUUGUCAGGCGAUUAUAAUUGGCGAUAUAACGGGAAUUGAAAUGACUUCUUCAGCGUCCACUGCUUUAAUGUCAAAAAUUCCUCCACAACAUUUUUGUUCGACUGUUUUGAGAUUAAUUUCUCUGCAUGUUAUUUCGCUGGGCGAAGGAUAUUCUUUAGAAAAUGCAUGCGGUAGUCAUGGAAUGUUUGCAAAUUACACGAGAACGGAAAAUAUGUUAUUAAAUUUUUUGAUUCCCUUAUUUUUACGAGUUGGCACUGGAAGACAAGAUGUACCACAAUUGAGAACUGUGGACAUUGGCUUUGCCUUAACUGCAGUUUUAAAUACUCUCUGGCCAGCGGGAGCAAGAACUUUACAGAUACAUUAUCAAAGUUCAAAAGGAGGACCAGAUAUGAGAGCCGGAAGUUUGACAUUCGCUGCUCGAGAUGCUAAACUUCCUACGAAAAUAUCUAUCACCUUGUAUCAAAUUGGAUUUUUAGCUUUGAAAAUAAUAACAAUUUGCUUCGAGAGAGAAUUAACGACAGAAUGGCCAAAAAUUGCAAGAACAAUGAGAUUAUUGAAUAAACGAAAUGAAGCGUCAUUGUAUUUAUGGGAUUUUUUGGAAUUUGUCGUAACACAUCGUACACCACUUUAUAUUCAAAUGAUGCCAUUUAUCGUUCAAAAAAUUGGUCAAGCUCCAAUAUCCGAACACGAGCGUAAUAUGCAGAGUAUUAUUCGUGAAAAAAUCAACGGUGACUGGACCUGUGUACCAAAAUCACGUGGCACUUUACUUGUCGAUCUUAUUCAUGAUUUAAAAACAUUGAAAGAACAAAUUGAAAGUCGAAAAAUUGAUGAAAUGCAACCGGAACCAAAGAGAAGUGUAGCGGAAAUGCAUAUUACAAAUGAAGGUGGACCGAGAACACAGAGACCGUCUUUAUUGAUUGAUCUUCUUACUGGUGAUCUUGGCUCUAGAUCAAAUCGAACACCAGCAGAAACUCCAGUUUCGCAAUCGACUGGACCGCACACAGCUGGACAUUCAUCUCAUCAUUCCACAAAUUCGAGUAGUACGACAAAAACUACUUUAGCCGGUCAAUCAACAUUUAAUGGAGCAACUAAACGAGAAUCGAUUUCAAGUGUCAGUGCUGGAUCAACGAUUCUACGUGAUGGAAACGAUAUUGUUCCAUCUGGCGAAGGACAAUCUGAUUCAACACCUGGAACAGGUAAGCCAAAACUGCGCUUUGUCUCUUCUGUAGAGUAUAGAAACUCAUCAGGCGAAACUAUGACGGGUCAAUUGAGUCCAGACAAACCACGAUUACACAGAUCAAUGGGACAAAGCAAGAGGACAUUUCGUCUGAAGAAGAGUCGAAGAGCUCACAUUGAGGUCACUAGAGAACACAGUUUCCCUCCUCAUUCUCAUCACAGUCUGGACACAAAUUUUCAUCUACCACCUGACUUUCAAAUUAUUCAAACGAAAAUCGAACAGGAAACAUCACCUGUCGUAUCAUCUCCAUCUGCGAGUAAAUCUGAGCACAGUGGUAGUCAACAACAGAAUCUUCUUUCUUCAUCUUCCUCUCAUCAUCAUCAUCAUCAUCUUCGUCCUCAAUCUGAUGUCUCGUUUGACGAGGAUACUUCGAGUACAUCCGGCUAUCGUGAAUCGUACAGUAUUGUUUCGCUCGUACAAGGACCAUUAGCAUCACCCGUACCAUCAACCAGUAGCACUGCAACUAAUUACACCGAUUGUUCUAUCAAUGGCAUUGGUGGUGAAAAAACGGCUCAGGAUGAAGACACCUUGAUAUAAUUGCCAACGUUCCACACUUUUUAUUUUGAAAAUCAUCUACAAUAAACGGUAAUUCAUUAUAAUUAACAUAAUUGAGUUAAGUUUUAUCAUAUGGUGGUAGCCGAAGAAUAGAUAAAAUUUUAUGCAAACUUUAGUCUGGAAUUUAAUGCAAUAACUUCUGAUUAAUAUAAAUUUUUAUUUUAAGAACAUUUAAUUGUCUUAAUUUUUCAAAUAACGAAUGCGAGCUAAAAAUUAGUUACUUUUUUCUUUAAUUUCACAAUAAAUUUUAAAUUAAUAAUACCUUUUUUGAAAUUAAAAUAAAAUUAAAUACUAAAGUUUGAUUUAAAAAUAAAGUUUAAUGAAAAAACAGAGUUUAUCUGAAGUUAUGUUUAAAAAAAAUGUUUAUAUUUAGAGAGUGAUGAGAAAACUUUUUCGUCCAAUUGUCAAAUAAUGAAUGGUGAAUUUCUCGCAAAAGAAAUUAAUUAAUUAAUUGAUAAUUGUUAUUUAAUUGAUAAAUAAAUACUUUGUUUAUUAAAUAACGAUUGCUAAGUAAUUGAGUAAUUUAAUAAAUAAUAGAAAAGUCGAUCCUAUAGUGAAGAAAAACACCCCUGUGAUUAAUUAUUAUUUAGAGAUUUUUACAAAAAUUGUUAGCAACGAAAAUUUGUAGCUAUUUUAUGAUGUUAGAAUUAAUGGAAAAUAAUAUAUAUAUAUUAAUGUAAAAGUAUAUAUAUACAUUUAUACAAUAAUUGGAGACUGUUAAUUGUUAUAAUAAAAUCUCUAAAGAAGUCA